AUGCCAACGGUGAUCGGCGCAGUUGUUUUCGGUUAUACUUCACACAUUUUUCUUCCCUCAUUAGAAGCAUCCAUGGAGGAUCCGAGAAAAUUUAAAUGGAUGCUUCAAUGGUCACAUAUUAUUGCAGCAAUUUUUAAAGCACUCUUCGGUCUUCUUGGCUUCCUAACAUUUGGUGAUUAUACUCAAAAAGAAAUUUCCAAUUCAUUACCAAAUCAAACAUUUAAGGUAAUCGUAAAUUUAGUACUAAUUAUAAAAGCACUCUUCUCAUAUCCAUUACCAUAUUUUGCUGCUAUUCAUUUACUCAAAGAUAAUUUAUUCAUGGGUACGCCAAAAACACUAUUUACAAGCUGUUACGGUGUUGGCAAUAGUUUACGUGAAUGGGCUCUUUGUUUACGGAUUAUUUUAAUACUAAUGACGUUAAUGAUGGCAUUAUCGGUACCAUAUCUAAUCGAAUUAAUGGGCCUUGUUGGUAAUAUCACUGGUACAAUGCUAAGUUUUAUUUGGCCAGCAUUAUUUCAUCUCAAAUUAAAAGGAGCACAAGCAAAAGAAAGUGAUCGAAAAUUUGAUAAAUUCAUUAUCAUUAUUGGUAUCUGCUUAAUGACUAUUGGAUUAUACUUUUCUGCUCUCGAAUUGAUACAGGCAAUUCGUUAUGAACAACGAUAG